UGUGAUUCUGCAUCUUCGGUCUUGUCUUGUGUUCCUCCGCGGACUCGGCGCGGAUUCGAUGUGGAUCCGGCGUGGAUUCGAAGCGGAUUCGGCAUGGAUUCAACGCGGACCGCGGCGCGACGGGACAGACGAGGCCCCCCGAAGACGCAACACAACAGGCGGUGGAGGCGGCCAUGCUCCGCCCCAGGAGGGCGCCGGCGGGCGCCGCGGCGGCCGCCUGCCGGCGCUCCAUGGAGCGCCUGGAGGCAGCUGCUCGCCACUGCCGCGGCGCCGCCAAGGGGCCCCUCACCGUGGCCGCGCUGCUGCCGGAAGCGCCGACGCUGCUGCCGCUGCAGGCCUCGUUGCGGGCGGCCCGCGGGGCGCUGGAGCGGUCGCGGAGCGCGGCUGCGCGCCUCGAGGCCCUCGUCGGCAGCCCCGCACCGGCGCCCCGGACGCCGCCAGUUUCGCCAGCGCCGCCCCCUCCGCUGCCGCCGUCGCCCGCGACGCCGUCGUCGACGCUGAGCGACGCCGAGACGCCGUCGGCGGCGCCGAGCACUCGGGGAGCGCCAGCGCUGCCGGCGGCGGCGGCGGCGGCGAUGCUGGCGAGGCCGACGUCGGCAUCCCGCGCGCGGCUGCCGCAGGGGCCGCGGGAAGCGGCGGCGGCGGCGCCAGCCCCGCACUCUGGCAGUGGUCCCCGGCCGAGGAGCCGCCUCAGGCCCGCGGCGCCGCCGCAGCAGCCCUCCGUGAGGUCGCUGCGGCGGCGGGCGCGGCUGCUCGGGGUGGACCCCCGCCGCGUGCUCUGCUGCCUGGAAAAGACGGACCUCGCCCAGGAGAUCGCGGAGGCGCAGGAGGGCUCGAUGGCGGACGGCGCCGUCGAGAUGGUGCUCCGUCGAGACGGGGACCCGCUGGGCCUCUCCAGGCGCAUCAGCACUGACUCGCUGAGGAGUGUCGACGGCCCCAGGUCCUCCGCAGACUGCGCCGUGGUGGGCGCCAUGGACGAGGAGACGGCAGCAGGGGCGGCCGCGGCCGCGGCUCCGCGGGGGGGGCCCGCAGAGGGGGCUGCCGCGGCGCCCCGCGGCCCCGCGGCGGAGGAGGUCGGCUCCCGUCGCUCCCCGCGGCUGCUGGCGAGGGAGAGGCGGCAGAAAAGGGAUUCGGAGGACGGCGAAGACGAGGACACGAAAGAGGGCACCCAGGACUGCCAGGGCGGCGAGGAGCGCUUGUGGAGCCCAAGGACGGAGUUGCAGGACGUCACGGAGUUCGGCCGCCACCACCUCCGGAUCAGCGGCGACGGGUCGAUCUCGUAG